UUGUGUAGUUGGCUAAUAUAAUAAUAAGGAACCACACGAUCGACUAGCUACAUUUUCCCAAUCAGACCAGACACGGCGCCGCCAUGACCCAUGCAUCUAUGAUCCGGCGAGUGUUUUCCCGAUCGUAGACUCGUGGACAACUCGUCUUCUUCUUGCUAGAUCUAAGAGACCCAUGAUCCGGCGAGUUUUCCCAAUCACUGUUUUUUAGAAUUCCCCAAUCACUGUUUUCCCAUGUGCUUUGAGUUCUUCUUAUCUUAUCUCUGCCAAAUCCCAGCUGCUGCAGCUUCUCUCAGCUCUCCGGCCGCUUUCUUCUUCACCUACGGCGUGGUUGACCAUCUUUCAAUCAAUCCACACCGGAGCAGUAUGCCACAGUCUCUUAUCAUAUGUCUCCUCCUCCUCCUCCUCGCCGCCGCGGCACCGCAGACGGCGGCCGCCGGAGCCGACUGCAGCGUCGGUAUGGGCUGCGACCUCGCGUUGGGCUCAUACUACAUCUCCCGGAACCAGAACCUGACCUACAUAUCGAGCCUCUUCGGCAUCGACGACUACCACACCCUCGCGCCCUACAACACAGGCUACACCAGCCUCGAUUUCAUACAAGUCGGCAGUCGCAUCAACGUCUACUUCCGGUGCGGCUGCCUGACGCUCCCAUUCGCGCCCUUCUCCACCUACCUCGCCGGAUCCUUCCCCUACGUGGUCUCGCAAGGAGAAACCUACGCCAGCGUCGCGGCCGAGUUCCACAACCUCACCACGGCCACCUUGCUGCAGCCCGCCCCCAGCAGCGACAACGACUUCAACGGCGUUCUCGACGCCGGCACGGUGGUGAACGUCACCGUCACCUGCUCCUGCGCCAACGCCGACGUGUCGGCGCCGGACUACAGGUUCUUGCUUACCUACCCGCUGGGUGACGGGGAGACGCCAAACUCCGUCGCGGCGAGCCAUGGACUGUCGUCUCCGGCAGAGCUAGACCUGUUCAGGAGGUAUAACCCCCGUGCGGACAGCGUCAAGGAAGGAGAGGUCGUCUAUAUCCCUCUCAAAGAUGGCUACUAUAAUGGAAUAAUCGCACCGAGCAAUGGUCCAAGCAAAACCAAGAAAGUCAUCAUAAUAAGUGCUAUUGCUGGCACCUCCGGCCUACUGGGGGCAAGCGUAAUCCUUCUGUUGUUCUUCCUCUGGUACAAGAAAUAUUAUGGCAUGCUGCCAUGGCAAAAGUGGUCAAGGAAUGCUCCAAGGAUUGAAUCUUUCCUACAAAAACAAGAAACUUCACACCCUAAAAGGUACAGUUAUCAAGAUGUGAGAAGAAUGACCAAAUCUUUUGCUCACAAGCUUGGCCAAGGUGGAUAUGGAGCUGUCUACAGAGGCAACCUGGCUGAUGGCCGUGAGAUAGCUGUCAAGACACUGAAGGACACUGAGGGUGAUGGCGAGGACUUCAUGAAUGAGGUGGCUAGCAUCAGCAGAACAUCUCAUGUUAACAUUGUUACUCUCUUAGGGUUCUGCCUGCAAGGGAGAAAAAGAGCUCUAAUCUAUGAGUACAUGCCUAAUGGUUCGCUCGAGAGAUAUACGUUUGGAAGUAUGUCUGCCGAAGGAGACAACAGUCUAUGUUGGGAUAAACUUUUUGAGAUUGUUAUCGGAAUCGCACGAGGGUUGGAGUAUCUCCACAAUGGCUGCAACACCCGCAUUGUGCAUUUUGACAUCAAACCUCAAAAUAUUCUUCUAGAUCAAAACUUCUGCCCAAAGAUCUCAGAUUUUGGGUUAGCAAAGUUGUGCCAACAAAAACAGAGCAAAAUCUCCAUGGUCGGGAUGAGAGGCACGAUAGGCUACAUAGCUCCUGAAGUAUUCAACAGAAGCUAUGGAGCAGUGAGCAACAAGUCAGAUGUGUAUAGUUAUGGUAUGAUGGUUCUCGAGAUGGUCGGGGCAAGAAAACAAAUUGAUGUUGGCAUAGACACUAGCAGCAAUUAUUUCCCCCGGUGGUUGUACGACAAAUUGGAUCAGUUCUGUGGCGCCACCAUCUCUGAGAUCGGAAGCGACACCACAGAACUUGUGAGGAAGAUGAUCAUUGUUGGCUUGUGGUGUAUACAGUUAAGACCUAUAGAUCGGCCAUCCAUGAGCAAAGUCCUUGAAAUGUUGGAGAGCAACACUUCGGAUUUGCAGUUGCCACCGAAGGCCUUUUGGACCAGCUAAACAAAAGCAGCAUCCAACUUGUAAAUUUUGUACUCUUUUUCAUGAUAUGAUGUUUUCGCUUAGUGAUGAGUACCAAAAUGGGUACUCAUUCGAGUUCACUCUGCAGCUCCUUUUGCUCUUUCAGAUAAGAAAAUUGAAAUCGGCCGGGUUUAAUUCGAUGUAAUAAAAAAACACAAAACCAACAUAUAAAAUCCGGGAGUAAAAUGUUCAUAUGUAU